AUGCCUCACCCCCUUCUACAGAAGAUGCGUCGAUUUGUUGAGUUCAUAAACUCGGGCGAUGAAACUAUAGGGCAACAGGUGGUUUCCAAAUCAGCCGUGUUCCACGUUCCAUUUUCAGAUACCCCACUGAAAGGAUUGUCCGGAUACAUGCAGAUCCUUGGCAUGAUGCGUUCCGCCUACCCAGAUAUCCAGUGGACACUUGACGAUACAGUCAUCGAGGACGAUAGAGUUGCAGCACAGUUCACUCUGCGUGGAACUCACGAAGGCGAAUUCUUCGGUGUUCCGGCUUCCGGGAAAAAAGUCCAAGCACGAGCUAUGAACAUUUAUCGGUUCACAGAUGGAAUGAUUGUGGAGGAGACUGGCUUGCCCGAUCUGUUUGGAAUAAUGCUGCAAAUUGGGGCUGUGAGCCCUCCGGUUGCUCAUUAG